AUGGAUUCAGCAGAAUAUAAGCUUAGUCCUAAGUUAGCUAGGCUGAGGAGGAUUUGUAUCAUCAAGGAGAAGAGAAAUAGAAAAAUACAAGCUUCCAUACAGAAUGUUUCUGAGAAUGAUUUUGCAAACAACACAUUGCUUCCAAUGAAGAGAAGGUCCCACAUGAUUUCUAAUAACAACAUAACUGAUUUUUGUUCAUUAAGUACUGGCUUUGUUUCUCAAUAUUUGCUCAAUAAGAAAAUCAAUUCAACGUUAUGUAUCAAUCAAGUAUAUUCAACUGGUGAUGGAGUUUCUCAAAAUAAUAGCUUUCAACAUUCCAGAACUCCUCUGUCCAAUAUAUCAAAUGUUGACCAGGCAGUGUUCAACUCAUCAAAUACAUUCUCAGAAAAUAAGGGAAAAGAGAAUUACAAUGAGCAAUUGGCUAACACUUCAAGCACACAAAUACUCCCAAGUAAGAGUACAGUGCUUAGGGAGAAAUCAAUCAUCCAAUCAUUAUGUAGAAAUAGCAAAGAGUUGUUUAAUUCUUCUCAACUCUUCAAUGGUGAGAGCUCUAACCAAGUUGUCUACAAUAAGAAACCGGUAUCACAUGUUAACAAUGGACAUUAUGAAGGUCUUGAUGCCUUUGAUGAUAUAGUGAUUGACUCAGAUUAUAUUCAACAAGAAAUUCAUAAUAAUAAUAAUAAAGGGUCAUCUAGCUUAAACACAUUAUCCAAUUGCAAUUUGACAUGCGAAUCAGUUACCUGGGAUGCUGGGGAUCCAAUUCAUGUAUGUCGAUAUUGCAAAGCUAUGAUGUGGGACGGUGAAAAGCUAUCUAAGAGCAAAGGAAGUAAUAUCCCUAUAUUCCGCACAUGUUGCAUGAGUGGGAAGGUUGAGCUUCCUUUUCUUAGGGAGGCACCCCAGAUUCUACAAGAUUUGCAUUUUGAGGAUGAUGAACGUGGUAGAUACUUUCGCAAGAACAUACGUUCUUUUAAUUCCAUGUUUUGCUUCACAUCCAUGGCUGGUAAAAUUAAUCACAAUAUAAACAAUGGAUCUGCACCUCCUACGUUCUCUCUUAGUGGUCAAAAUUACCAUUCAAUUGGAAGUUUGCUUCCCUCACCAAGUGAUAUUCCAAAGUUUGCACAGUUAUACAUAUACGACACUGAAAAUGAGAUUCAAAAUCGCAUAUCUGCCAUCAGGUCUUCCAAUUCGAAUAAUGUUAUUGAGCAAACAAUUGUUAAUGAGUUGAAACAAAUGAUGGAUCUUCACAAUCCUCUUGCAAAGUCAUUUCGAUAUGCACGCGAUCGCUUCAAAGAAGAUUCAAAAACUAAUAUCAAGCUCAAACUAAUUAGAAAAAGGGAAAAGGAUGGCAGGAGGUAUAACCUCCCAACAGCUUCUGAGGUUGCAAUACUUAUUGUUGGUGAUAUUGAUGAGUCAAGUUUGCAGAGAGACAUCAUUCUUGAGACUACCUCUAACAGGCUAAAAAGGAUAGAUGUCCUUCACCCGUCUUACCUGUCUCUACAGUAUCCUUUGAUUUUUCCCUAUGGGGAGGAUGGUUUUAGGCCAGGUAUUGAGAACUCUUCCACGUUUGAUAUUUUUGGUACUAAGAAGAGAAAGACUAUAAGCAUAAGAGAAUUCUUUUCAUACAGAAUACAAAUGCGUUUGGAAGAGUCAUCUAUACUAUUACAUUCAAGAAGAUUAUUUCAGCAGUUCUUAGUUGAUUCAUAUACUAUGAUUGAGUCUGAGCGUCUUAGAUAUUUACGCAACAACCAACCUAAGCUCAGGGUUGACAAGUACAACUCAUUGCAUGAAUCUUUAGUUAGGGGAGAAGCUGAUGCGAUUCUUUCUGGUCAAAGAAUAAUUCUUCCAAGCAGUUUCACUGGUGGUCCUAGAUACAUGUUUAAUAAUUGUAAAGAUGCAUUUGCCAUUUGCAAGUAUUUUGGAUACCCCAGUUAUUUUAUCACAAUUACUUGCAAUCCUGAAUGGGAAGAGAUCAAACGCCUUUUACAUGGCACUGGCCUUAAGGCAGAGGAUCGUCCUGAUAUUGCUUCAAGAAUCUUUAGUAUUAAGUUAGAUGAGUUGAUAUCUGAUUUCAAGAAUGGGAGGUUCUUUGGCAAUAUUUCUGCAUAUGUGUGCACAGUUGAAUUUCAGAAACGAGGUCUACCACAUGCUCACAUUCUGUUGUUCAUGCAACCACAAUAUAAGCCUAAAUCACCCGAUGAUAUUGACCGCGUAAUAUCUGCUGAAAUCCCUGAUAAGACUAACAUGCCUAGACUUUAUGCAGCUGUUGAGAAGUUCAUGGUUCAUGGUCCAUGUGGGAGGCACAACAUCAGUAGUCCAUGCAUGAUAAAUGGAAGGUGUUCUAAGUUUUUUCCAAAGCCAUUCAGAAAUAGAACGAUUAUUGACGAGGGUGGUUUCCCAAAAUAUAAAAGGAUGGAUAAUGGUCAUACAAUAACUAAGAAGAAUGCAAUUUUGGAUAAUUCUUAUAUUGUACCUUACAAUCCUGAUCUACUCUUAAAGUAUGGUUGUCACAUUAACGUAGAGCAUACAUGUCAGACUUCUUCUAUUAAAUAUUUAUUCAAGUACGUCCAUAAGGGUAAUGAUAGGGUUACUGCCUCAUUUUACCAAACAUCUGGUGAUGGGUCUUCUCAACAAGUUGUUGAUGAGAUACGUAACUACUAUGAUUGUCGUUACAUUUCUGCAUGUGAGGCAGCUUGGCGGAUAUUUGGUUAUGAGAUUCAGCUUAAAGAACCUGCAGUGAUUCGUCUACCAUUCCACCUACCUGACGAGCAACCAGUUGUUUUCAAGGACCAUGAGAACAUUGCUGAUGUUAUUCAACGUGUAGAUGGUAAGGUGAUGAGCGGAUAA